UAACCGGUGAUUGUUUACAUUGGUCCUGUGGGUUUGCUUUCCUGCACUGUGGCAGCGUUUGGCUGAUUUCAGAGGGUUAAACUGCUGACAGACCAUGUGAUACCUCCUCUGUUGAGUUUGUCCUUCAGUCUGUAGGUCUGUUGUUAGUCUGGGCCUUGCAGGUGGAAUACAAGGUUGAGCGCACAUAGCACAGGAGGCAUGAGUAGGUUUCCAAGGAGUCUGGCUGCCUAUGUGUGUGAUGUUGGAGUUGAAGGGGGCGCCAAAACUGACACAAACAGAAGGUUCCUCACAGGAGCUUUAAAAAUGCCACACACUGCAAACUACCAACAGUACCAGGUUAUCGAGGUCAUGUCGUCUGAUUGCUGGGUGGAGUCCUGCAGUGAGGACUCUGCAGAGCAGACCGGACUGAAGAAGCCCCAAGAGGAAGAGGAAGAGGCAGAGGAGGAGGAAGUGGAGGUUCCCUGUGGGCAGAACCAGUCUGCAUGUAGCCUGAGGCAAGAAGAGACGGGAGGAGAGCAGCCUUUGUCACAUGACCACAGAAGCAAACAGGAAGUGACAUCAGAAGGUGAACUGGAGCAGAGCCAGAGGGAGGAGACGCUGAGGUUUUCACACAUGACUGCCAGCCAGGAAAUGCAGCAGAGAGGGUCAGUAACAGGUGCCCGCAGAGUGAGGGGAAACCUCCGGAGGUCCUUCCCCAGGGGCUUCUCCACCUGCUCCUACCCAGACAAGGACAGGGUGCGGCGGAUAGAGGAGCCUCGAGGGCUUGGGUCUUUCUACUACUUUGGGGGAGCAAAUGGGGCUGAAAUAUCUUUGUGUGAUUCAAGCAGAAGUGUGACUGAUUUCCUCUGGGACUCCUUCAGAGUGAGCGCUUACUGUGAGAGCAGAGGAUGGAAGAGGAUUCACAACAAGCACAGGGAGGAUUUCAAACUCAAGUGGUGUGAAACCAAAUCCCCGCCCAACUACUGUAACUUCAGAGAAGGUGAACAGUUGUUGUACCAGAUUCCCAACAACAAGGUGCUCACCACAAAGAUCGGCCUGCUCAGCAGUCUGCGGGAGUACGAGCGAGUCAGCAGCAAAGUCAACCACGGUCAAGGCCUGAGGAGGCUGAAAAUGGACGAGUUCAUCCCCACAACUUUCCGCAUGGAUCUGAGGGAGGAGAGGGAGGCUUUCUUUGCCCAGGAGGAGGGUGUGAGCAGCAAAGAGGGUCACAUGUGGAUCUGUAAGCCCACGGGUCUGAACCAGGGCAGAGGGAUUUUCCUGCUGAAGAGCCAGGAGGACGUAGUUGCUUUCAGACUGAAGCUACAGCAAACAGAGGAACACCAGGCCAGCAGGAAGACGCUCCACCGCCAGCCUCAGGCUCGCAUCGUCCAGCAUUACAUCCAGAGACCGCUGCUCCUAAAGGGGAAGAAGUUUGAUGUGCGCUCUUUUCUUCUGAUCGCCUGCACUGCACCUUACAUGGUCUUCUUCAGACACGGAUAUGUGCGCCUGACCUGUGACCUCUACGACCCAACCUCCAACAACCUCAUAGCUCACCUGACCAAUCAGUACAUGCAGAAGAAGAGUCCUCUGUACAGCCAGCUGAAGGAGGACACAGUCUGGUCCAUGGAGAGUUUCAACACCUACGUCAAUGACAGGUUUCAGGUUGCCAAGGGUCUGCCCAGGGACUGGGUACUGGGCGUCUUUGCAAGACGAAUGCAGCAGAUCAUGACGCAGUGUUUCUUUGCUGUCAAAUCCAAGUUGGAUCGCCGACUGGGCCUCUUUGACCUGAUUGGCUGUGACUUCAUGGUUGACGAGGACUUCAAGGUUUGGCUCCUGGAGAUGAACUGCAACCCGGCCCUGCAUACGAACUGUGAAGUGUUGAAGGAGGUGCUACCCGGCACUGUUGGUGAGGCGCUGGAUUUAACUCUAGAGAUCUUCAACAAGCGUCGCCUCGGGCAGACGAUUCUUCCUUUGCACAGUCAGAGAGAGUUUGUGCUGCUGUACAGUGGAGUCUUUCCUCCUGAUUCAGUGCUGCCCUGCAGAAAAGGCAACAUAAGCAAUGGAUUCAACCUGAAAAGCACCCAAAAGACUUCACUCAGGAGAUGUAAGUCGAGAACCGAGGGCAAAAGUGUGCCAUCAGCAUCCUCUGAUAGUCCUCUGAAUGUUACAGAGAGCCUUAAAGGAGAGAGUCGUUCAAAGUCCUCCACUGCUGCCUUAUAUCUGAAUCAAAGCCCUCAGUCACCUCAGGUAUCUCCACAUUCAAACAACAGCAGCAACACAGAGACUGUCAAACUGAAGAAACCCAGGCCUCGGUUUGAACUCAAACUCAGCAAGUGCACUUUUCCUCCUCGUUUGAAGAAUGCAGGAGAUGCUGAGGAGAAAACAAGGGUCAUCGUGCCGCUGUCGUCACCCAUAAUAAGUGAAGACUUCUCCACCUGUGAAUCUCCCCAGACAACAGUGUUGAUGUCCCAUCCUCAGUCGGGAUCUCCCACAGCAUCUGAAGACCUUGAAAGAGAUGAAGAGUGUGGGGAAGAAAACCUCGGAGAAGACACACAAGGUUGAGUGUUGAGACCAAAGAGGAGCUGUGGUGCAUUAUGUCCAGACGACUGAUAACAGAGCUUUGUCUAAAAGUUCCACACUUUGACAUUUGGUGCUGGUGUGCUAAAUGCUAACAAAUUCUAAAGGGUGAUAAUAAAGAAUCUAUUUAUCAUGUAAA